AUGAGUCGAUUAAGUUUGAUAAAUAGUGGAGUUAUACGAGUUCACUUUUUCGGCGAACUUUUAGAAUAUCUUGAAUAUUUACAUGCACAAGGUAUCGAGAAAAAAGUACGUGAAACAUUUCCAUCGAUUCCAUCUGAUUUCGUCUUGAAACCAGUAACUAUUCGUCUAAUAGUGGGAUGCGGUGCAUUUUACGAUUUUAUGAUUGCUUUACCUAAUGGUCAAUCUGCAAAAGUUUCAUUUCAUACAGGUGGUGAACAACGACCUGCUGGUAUGCCAGAACCAGAGCAACAUUAUAAUGUCGACGAAACGCCAAGUUUAUCAGCAUACGAGUGA